AUGAAAAAAAAAAGCGAAGCCGAGGAAGUGAAGAGGCAAUUCCGCCAACAGGCGGAAGACUUAAAAACCAAGCAUGCCGAAGAGCACCCCGACUACCACUACUCGCCUCGCAAGCCCUCCGAAAGAAAGCGCCGUGCCUCGUCGCGCCAGGACCGGAAGACGAGCCUGUCUGCCAAAUCCCCCAAGUCCCCCAUGUCGACCAACGAAGUCUCGGACGUUUCGACACCCGGCUAUACCGAACCCCUGUGCAUGCCCGUGGACGACGGCCUCGCCGGAAUCGACAUACCGAUGCCUGAGCAGCCGUUCGAGUUCGACCACAUGGCCUUCGACACAUUGCUUGAGCAGAUGCGGCAGGAUAGUGGUCGGGAUAAUCUAUUUCCUGAGAAUCUGAAUUUCUCCGAGUAUAUGACCGAGUACCCUUGA